GAUGGAGACAUUAUAAUGGGAGGAAUCUUCUCUUUCCACAGCAGCUGGAAAGUCAGACAGGAUACCUACAUGAACAAACCACUGCCACUGGAAUGUACCAGUUUGGAUUUAGGAGAGUUCCAGUGUGCCCAGGCCAUGAUUUUUGCCACUGAGGAAAUUAAUAACAGCACAGAUCUACUACCUGGUAUCUCUCUGGGCUAUAAGGUGUAUGAUUCCUGUGGCUCUAUUGCCAGAAGUGUGAAAGUUGCAUUGGCCUUGGCUAAUGGUAAUGAAGUUGUGUCUGCACCCACUGAGGCACCAUGUACCAGACCUGCACAAGUGCAGGCCAUUAUGUGAGAGACCUCUUCCUCUCCAUGCAUGGCUAUAGCUACUGUCAUAGGAACAUUUCAUAUCCCCCUAAUCAGUCACUUUGCCACCUGUGCUUGUCUCAGUGACAAAACCAAAUACCCAUCCUUCCUCAGAACAGUACCCAGUGACUACUAUCAGAGCAGAGCACUGGCCCAGCUGGUUAAGCACUUUGGUUGGACCUGGGUUGGAGCUAUUAGAAGCAAUAAUGAUUAUGGCAAUAAUGGCAUGGCUACAUUCACAGAAACUGCACAGCAGCUGGGCAUCUGUCUGGAGUAUUCUGUGUCUUUCUUUAGAACAGAUUCAUCAGAUAAAAUAAAAAAGAUCAUUGACAUUAUCAAGGCUUCCACCUCCAAAGUGAUUGUAGCUUUUCUCUCAGGUAUGGAUAUGAACUUGCUAAUACAAGUGUUGUCUCAACACAACAUGACUGGGUACCAGUGGGUAGGAAGUGAGGGAUGGAUCCUUGAAUCCCAAACUGCCGACACUGAUACACAUCACAUUCUGGAUGGUGCCAUAGGCCUGUCCAUCCCCAAGGCACAUGUCAGUGGCAUGAAAGAGUUCAUAUUAGAUGUGAAGCAACUCAAUUUAUCCAGUAACAAAAUAUUUACAGAGGUCUGGGAGACUUUUUUUAACUGUAAGUUCAAGCAGUCAAACUCAUUAUCUGAGAAUCAGAGAGAAUGUACUGGACAUGAAGAUGUGAGUGAAGUGCAAAACAGUUACACUGAUAUGUCAUUCAUGCCCAUAUUUAACAAUAUCUAUAAAGGAGUGUAUGCUGUGGCACAUGCACUUCAUAAUAUUCUUGAAUGUAAUGAAACAUGUAACUACAAGGUGCAGUUAGAUCUACACAUGAUUUUACAGCACAUAAGAAAAAUUGAUUUCAAAACCAAGGAGGGAGAUGAGGUUUACUUUAAUGAAUAUGGAGACCCAGCUGCAAAGUAUGAAAUUAUAAACUGGCAGCCAACAGAAAAUGGUAUUGUGCACUUUGUCAUAGUUGGUCUUUAUGAUGCAUCUUUACCUGCAGAAAAACAGCUGAGUCUGCAACUUGAGUCUGUUAUUUGGACACAGAACUUAAAACAGGUGCCUGCGUCAGUUUGCAGUGAGAAAUGUCCCCAAGGAACUCGUAAAGUUCUCCAGAAAGGAAAACCUGUCUGCUGCUAUGAGUGUAUCAGAUGUGCAGAGGGAGAAAUAAGCAACGUGACAGAUUCUAUCACCUGUGAGCGAUGCCACCCUGAGUCCUGGUCCAAUGAGAGAAGAGAUGCCUGUGUAAAGAAGGAGGCAGAGUUUCUAUCAUAUGAAGAAAUUAUGGGAGUACUGCUCACUGCUACGGCCUUAUUUGGAACAUGCAUGACUGCUGUUGUGGCGCUGCUGCGACACACAGCAUUCGGCAUCACCUUUUUCCUCUGUAUCUCUUGUGUUCUGGGGAAAACUAUAGUGGUGUUAAUGGCCUUCAGGGCUACACUUCCAGGCAGUAAUGUGAUGAAAUGGUUUGGGCCUGCACAGCAGAGACUCAGUGUUGUGGCUUUCACUCUCAUCCAGGUUCUUAUAUGUAUGCUCUGGUUAACCAUUUCUCCUCCUUUUCCAUUUAAGAAUUUUACCCAGUUCAAGGACAAAAUCAUCUUAGAGUGUGCUCUGGGAUCAGCUGUAGGCUUUUGGGCUGUACUUGGGUACAUAGGCCUUCUGGCCAUCUUAUGUUUUAUUCUGGCUUUUCUUGCUCGGAAACUGCCUGAUAACUUCAAUGAGGCCAAACUGAUCACCUUCAGCAUGCUGAUAUUCUGUGCAGUCUGGAUCACUUUUGUUCCAGCAUAUGUCAGCUCUCCUGGGAAGUUCAGUGUUGCUGUAGAGAUAUUUGCUAUUCUGGCCUCCAGUUUUGGACUGCUCAUUUGUACUUUUAUUCCAAAAUGUUAUAUUAUCUUACUGAAACCAGAGAUGAACACAAAAAGGAAUAUGAUGGAGAAAGGGAAAAGAUGUGAGGAGAAAAAGAAAGAAGAGGAUGCCCUCAAAUUGUGCCUGCCCUGCAGAAUACCUUUUGAGACCCCUGUUCCACUACAUGCCUUUGUGCAUGCUGUGGCGCAGACAGCUGCAGGUGUAAUCUACAAGAUGAAGCCCCCGGCCCCCCAACCUGUGGCUCACACCACCCCCAGGCCCCAGCCCACAGUUCACACCCAGAAAGAGAAGAAACAAAAGCUGCAUGAUCCACAUUCCAGUGUCCCAAUCCAGUCUCACAAGCACACCCCUGUUUUAUUCUCAAGGGGAGGAGACUCCUCCUUCGGACACAGUGCCACAGCUGCCAGCCACAUUGGCUGGUGUAAUGGAAUAGGAGCUUCUGAGGGCUACGCGGAUGAGGUGUACCCCAUAGAGCUGGUGUGCCAGCGUAGAGGGGAUAAUGACAACCCACAGCUAUUUAAGAAUGGGGACAUUACUUUGGGGGGAAUCUUCAAUUUUCACUGCUGGAAAGUCAGACAGGAUACCUACACAAACAAACCACUGCCAGUGGAAUGCACCAGUUUAAAACUGUCUGCAUCAAGUUUGAAUUUCAGAGAGUUCCAGUAUGCCCAGGCUAUGAUUUUCGCCAUUGAGGAGAUUAAUAACAACGCAGAACUACUACCUGGCAUCUCUCUGGGCUACAAGAUGUAUGAUGACUGUCGUGCUGUAGCCAAAAGUGUGAGGGUUGCACUGGCCUUGGCUAAUGGUAAUGACAUUUUUUUUGCACCCAUCAAGGCACCAUGUACCAGACCCAGACAAGUGCAGGCUAUUAUGGGAGAGACCUCUUCCUCUCCUAGUAUGGCUAUAGCCACUGUCAUCGGUUCCUUUCAUAUCCCACUGCAGCACAUAAGAAAGAUUCAUUUCAAAACCAAGGAAGGAGAUGAGGUUUACUUUAAUGAGAAUGGAGACCCAACAGCAAAGUAUGAAAUUAUAAACUGGCAGCCAACAGAAAAUGGCAUUGUGGACUUUGUCACAGUUGGUCUUUAUGAUGCAUCUUUACCUGCAGACAAACAGCUGAGUCUGCAACUUGAGUCUUUUAUUUGGGCACAAAACUCAAAACAGGUUCCUGUGUCAGUUUGCAGUGAGAAAUGUCCCCCAGGAACUCGCAAAGUUCUCCAGAAAGGAAAACCUGUCUGCUGCUAUGACUGUAUCAGAUGUGCGGAGGGAGAAAUAAGCAACAUGACAGAUUCUACGACCUGUGAGCGAUGCCACCCUGAGUCCUGGUCCAAUGACAGAAGAGAUGCCUGUGUAAAGAAGGAGGCAGAGUUUCUAUCAUAUGAAGAAAUUAUUGGAGUACUGCUCACUGCAGUGGCCUUAUCUGGAACAUGCAUGACUGCUGUUGUGGCAGCCAUUUUCUUCAGAUACAGGACAACUCCUAUUGUCAGGGCCAACAAC